AACAUGAUAGUACUUGAAAUCAUCUUGAAUUAUAUAAGCCCAGUUGUUUAUAGCUACUGUAUAUACACUAUACAGCUAGCUACUAUACAGAUAUAGGUGAGGUCUGAUGAACGGCUCACCUCACAUAUACAGAUCAUAAGUUUUUUUUGACGCAACAGAUCAUAAGUCAAAACAGAAUAGCAUUGACAUCUCCAUCUCUGACAGAGCACAACUACUGCUCGCGUAUAAACGAUCGAGUAUACAACAAUUUUUGCUGCUCACCUACUCGCAACUAAACCUUUCUUGUACUAUCUGUUUAAUGUCUUAACCUCUCUGAUUCUCUGAUUGAUUCUGCAACGCAUCACACGCAUGUUGACUCUUUAAUUUCUUUAUACAACAACUUGUAGGUUUCUCGGAAGGACCCAUCCAUUCAUUUGACGAACUAUUUUCCUUAGAAAAAUGAUAUAAAAUAGUGAAGCCCAGUAGAAGCUAGCUUGGUUAUCUAGCUGAUCAUGACAUGAACAAUCAAAAUUUUUGCAUUUGAUUUGUUCACUAUCUCCUCUCUGUCUCUUCUCAUCCAUGGGAGCACUUCUCCAUUUUCUCUCCCUACUACUCUUCCUCUCCUUGCUCCAAGGAGCACAGGCUGCGACGUUCACCAUAAGCAACCGGUGCGGCUACACGGUGUGGCCGGGCAUCCUCUCCAACGCCGGCGUCGCGCCGCCGUCCACCACCGGCUUCGCCCUCUCCCCGGGCCAGACGCUCGCCGUCUCCGUCGCCGCCGCCUGGUCCGGCCGCAUCUGGGGCCGCACGCUCUGCGGCCAGGACUCCUCCGGCAAGUUCACCUGCGCCACCGGCGACUGCGGCUCGGGCGCCGUCGAGUGCUCCGGCCGCGGAGCCGCCCCGCCGGCCACGCUGGCGGAGUUCACUCUCGCCGGCGGCAGCGGCGGCGGCGGCGGCGAUGACUUCUACGACGUCAGCCUCGUGGACGGGUACAACCUGCCGAUGCUUGUGGCGCCGUCGACGCCGCCGCCGGCGAGCGGCGGCGCGGCGAGUAAUAACGGGAGCAGCUGCCAGGUGACGGGGUGCGUGAUGGACCUGAACAAGUCGUGCCCGGCGGAGCUGCAGGUGGUGGCGGCGUCGGCGGCGAGGAGAGCGGUGGCGGCGUGCAAGAGCGCGUGCGAGGCGUUCGGGACGGCGGAGUACUGCUGCAGCGGCGCGCACGGGUCGCCGGCGACGUGCGCGGCGACGGCGUACUCGAGGUUCUUCAAGGGCGCGUGCCCGCGAGCCUACAGCUACGCGUACGACGACGCGACGUCGACGUUCACCUGCGCGGCCGCCGGCGGCGGCUACGACGUCGUCUUCUGCCCCGGCAUGUCCAGCCUAAAAUCUGGUGGAAAUCCUGAGGCAGUAGGCUUGCCACCUACCUACUCAACAAUGGCGUUCACUGGAAAUGCAGAGAGCUUGACGAUGAGCAGGAAUUCGCUUGUGAUCCUCCUGAUGAUCAUCAGCUCAGUGAUAUCGACGCUAUCUUGGUGAUGUCAAUUCAAACAUUGUAUUUGCGUGAUGUAUCCCAUUCAUGAUUAUAGAUUUAGCAGCAUAUUUUUGCCAGUUUUUCUUGGAGGAAAACUUCAUUCUUUCAGAGCAGGCAGCAGGUUCAUCCACUGCUAAAACUAUAAUGCACAAUGCUUCAAGAUUCGCAAAUAUAUAAAACAUACUGUUUCUGAAAA